AGCAAGCUUCACUCUUACCUGUGAUACUGCAGUGACUCUUUCAAAAGUGCCUUGUAGGUGUAGCCCUAUAUUACAUUAGGCCUAGUCAGGUAUUUUUCUUAAAACUAUUGGUCUACCUAUCUCUGAGUCAUCAAGAUGUAUGGGUUUGAGAAUGUCAAUAAAGUUAUGACUUCCAUGGAAGAAUUCCAUGAAGCUUUCCAGCUGUUUGACAGUAGGGGAGACAACAAAAUCCAUAUCUCUCAGAUUGGAGAUGCUCUCCGAGCUUUAGGACAAAACCCCACAGAAUCUGACGUGAAGAAAUUCACUCAUCAACACAAGCCAGAUGAACGCAUAAGCUUUGAAGUGUUCUUGCCAAUCUACCAAGCAAUUUCCAAGGCUCGUUCCAGUGACACAGCCGACGACUUUAUUGAAGGACUGAGACACUUCGACAAGGACGGAAACGGUUUUAUUUCCUCUGCUGAGCUUCGUCAUUUGCUGACCACAUUAGGAGAGAAGCUGACUGAUGAAGAAGUAGAACAGCUACUGUCCGGCCAGGAAGACUCCCAGGGCAAUGUCAACUACGAGGAGUUUGUCCGCAUGGUCAUGUGCGGUUAGUUUAUGACGUCACCUAAUCGUUUGAUACUAUCAUAUAUUUAUUACUAACCAUUUUGUACCAUUAGGUGAACAAUUUAAUGUUUGAUUGUGUUAAAAAUGUUCUUUUCAUACCUACCAGUUUGCUUUUAUGAGUUUGUUGUUACUGUAUUUCCAUUGUUUUGUACUCUCUGAUGAUUUGAAUAAAAGUUAAAAAAUACAUGUUAGUAAAAUAUUUGUUUUUUUCAUAUAUAUAUAUAUAUAAACUUAUUUAUACAUUUUCA